AUGUCCAACUCUGUAGCCCCAAAGAUCGAAUCUGCGAAUAAGGAGUAUGCCUCCACAUUCGAGAAGAUCACCAUCGGCCCAGCGCCAACACAUCAUUUCUUAGUGCUAACAUGCAUGGACGCACGCCUUGACGUCUUCCGCAUGUUGGGCCUUCAGAUCGGCGAGGCGCAUGUCAUUCGCAAUGGCGGCGGACGUGUUCCUGACGCACUGAGGUCCAUCAUCUGCUCGCAGCAACUUCUGGAGACACGAGAGAUUAUCAUCGUUCAUCACACUGACUGCGGGUUCACACAUUUCAACGAGGAGGAGCUGCGAUCUAAGAUCAGGAAGGACAUGAACCACGUGGCUGAUCACCUGGCAUUCAUGCCCUUCACUGAUGUCAAGCAGAGCGUGCUCGAUGAUAUCCAUCUGCUUAAGAACGAGCCUUUGGUGAUGAAUGUGCCCAUCACGGGGUACGUGUACCACACCGAGGUGGGGAAGCUUGAGAGGAUUCAGCAGUAA